UAAAUAUGGUGUCGCCGCUGCACCUGUACGUCGACCAGCCAGCUGAUUGUCACAACUGACUACGUCGAAAACGAAGCGCAAGAACACGCCAGUCAACCACAGCGCAGCACAUUCCAAAAACGACUCCGAAAAAUUCAAAAAAACAGUUAACAAAGAGUGGGGCUGCGUCGAUUGGAAAUCCAUAGAUAUGCCGAAUCUUAUCACCUCCAAUGCGUUCCUCCGUUAGUUACAUACUCUCCAGCUCAGCCACUGAACCCAACAUGUCCCAUCCGGACUACGAACAGUACUCGCACGAUCACGCCGCCUUGCUGAUCCUCAUCCGACACAUCGGGCCGCAGCUGAAGCCGAAAGUCUACAACAAAUUCUUCGAUCGCAUCAAUCGAUUGAACACCAUCAAAGUCACCGACUCCACUGGACAGGGCAGAAAUAUAUUCGUGCGGUAUGUGAAGGAAUAUCCAAUCGAGAACAACGACUGGGGCGAUUUUCAAACACAUAGAAGAUUACUGGGAUUGAUCUCAAUUGGCAAAUAUGAUUCACAACAGGAGUUGAACGAGAUUUGCAGGGUGCAUGAAAGCCUCAAAGUGAAAUAUACAAACACCUUAUAUGAUUCCAGGUGUAUUUUAUUGAAGCCCUCUGAGGUUGAGAGCCCCAUUGAACAAAUUGGUGAUGGUAGUGUAGGCACAUCAAGUUGUGAAAGUGAAAUUGUGAAAGAUGAUGAUUCAAGUCCAUAUGACAGCUCAAGCUAUGACAAAAGUUCCAGUGAAGAAGAGAAAAAAGACGACAAUAAAGAAGCUACACAAUCCACAGAUCAACCAUCAGAAGAAAAAAACCCUGAAGAAGAUGCGCGUAAACACAAAGUCGAGAUGCUACUAGAAAAGCUCCGCGAGGAGCGCACGCCGGAUAACAAAUUCACAACGCCGUCGAACUUCAAAACGCGCGUUUUCUACUCGGAAACCGAUCCAUGCACGGAAUUAGAACAACAUUUAACAGAGUUUGUAAAUUCGCUCUUCUGGGUAUUAGAAUCCAAGCGGUUGGAAAAAUCUCGUGAAAAAAUCGAGCGUGUGAGUCUGCUACUUGCGCCGUUCGAGAAAAAAGACAUCAUCGGGCUGGAUAUGGAGUCGCGUAAUAAUAAAAAGCGUUGCACGGGUCGUGUGACGAAACACUUAGGUGAUUUAUGCCUGCAAUCUGGUUUAGUAAAUGAGGCGUUGACGUAUUAUUUUAAUGCCGCCGAGACGCUGAAGUCCGUCAAUGAUUGGCUAUGGUUAGGCGCGGCGUAUGAAGGUCUCUGUGUCACUUCAGCGUUGAUUCUCUAUCCGAACAUUCAGCGUUUACUUCCGCUACAUCGUAACUCUAGUCUGCAGGAAGGUUCACCGAAAAAAUCCAUUACGCAGGCGCCGAUUCUCGAAACAAGCGUAAAAAAAGAUUCAAUUCACUUAUUAACACAUGAGGAUAUUCUCAAACGCUAUCGCGAGGCUAUUAUACACUAUAGCAAGUAUCAAAACGCGGGUAUUAUCGAAACAGAGGCGAGUUUUAAAGCGGCGCGUAUUUCCGUCGAGCAAAAUCACUCCCUGCAAGCGGCGAGUUUCCUCCAAAACGUCGUAUUUAUUAACCUGACGCUAUCCGAACAAGAAAAGAUUCAACGCUUUGAAACUCUGUCAGAACUUUAUACACAGAUCGGUUUUCGUCGAAAAGCAGCGUUCUGUCAUCGCCUAGCAGCGAGUCGUUAUGUUUCCGUGCAAAAUCCGAAACCCAACUGGAAUCAGUGUUAUAGUUUGAUGCUGCAGAGCUUCCCAGGGCAUAAAUUGAGUCUGGAUCCGACUGACAUGGCGCAAAAUAGUACUCAAGUCGGCUGGCCGAGUCUACAAAUACAUAUUCUACAAGAAUUGGUUGUCGCCGCGAAGAGAAUGGGACAUUCUGCGCUUGCAACGAGGCAUAUGACGUUCCUCUUGCAGACAAUGUGGGAUCAUCUGUCACAGAACGAUCAGAAAGAGUUAUCGUUACAGCUGCAGUCGUUGUCAUCACAGUGUGAAGGUUCACCUGUGCCGCUUGUGCUUGAAAACGGCGUGGUUAUCCCACCGGCGAAUUUGAUCAACAUUCCCAUCUGUAAGGGUUACACGCUGAAGAAUCUACAACCACAUUUACAGCCGCAGAAAAUCGAGACGCUCAAGGAGGAUAUCGGUCCGUUUUUGUUUACGCCGAUUAACUUCGGUAGUUUGGAGCGCAAAACGAACAAACCCGCUAAUAAAAUAGACUUUUUAUGGAUUGAAAAUGAUUUAUGCGAAGUAUCGCUAAAAUUAUUAAAUCCGUUGCCUUUCGAGCUGACUGUGUCCAAUAUGCGGCUAUUGACUUCAGGAGUGGUGUUUGAAUCAGUCCCGGAGACAGUUGUACUAGCACCAGAGACUCCCACACUGUUAACUCUUGUGGGAACACCAAAAGAAGUCGGUGAGUUGGAAUUGCUCGGUUAUAGCACGCAUACACUCGGCGUAAAAUCAAAUUGUCGCCUGCGCUACAUGAAAAACUUCCUGCCUUCGUACUCAAUCGAAGUGAUCUCUUCUUUACCGACAAUGGAUGUGAAAACAUCCCUGCCGCAGAGCGACUUUUCCACGUUUCAAAACUUUGAAAAUGUCGUCACCUCAGCGAGUUUAAGUCUACACAAUGGCGAAACAACUGAAUGUACAAUUACUCUGACGAAUACAAGUCAAGUACCUAUUGAGAUGCUAGAAAUAACUAUUCAGAGCGGAUUAGAUCAUGUCCUGCAAGGGCAGAUUUUCCAGUGGUCCGAGGAGGCUGUUAAGGAACAACUGCCGAUUCAGCCCGGGCAGUCAGCGACGAUGAGUUUACAAUUGUACGCGGCGGCGAAUUUCCUCAACGCAGCAUAUUCAGCUGCGGAUUUAUCCAGCGGCGCAUUCGAUGGAUCACAGGCAGGUAGUAGUUUAUUAUCCACAUCAGCAGGUCCGAGUUCACUGCCAUCGCGGUUGAAUUCGCCUGUGAAUUCACAUUCCGCGAUGGGUAGUAGUUUUCACAGCUCGCGGCGCACCGAGUACAAUUCGAGUUUCCGCUCAACGUAUUCCGGCCAGAGUAGUGUUACCACACAGGGUGGUGCUAGAUCACCGGGGGUAUUAGCCCUGCCGCAACAUGCUGCUUCAGCAGUGGUGGAGGGACAGUUACAGCUGCGUUAUAGCGGCGGAAAUGGGAUCGCCGCGGGAUAUUGUCGAACUUGUUCGAUUUUCAUCACGCUGGAGAUGAUGCCAUCGAUGCAGGUUACUAAUUGGGAUGUACUACCAGCAGAAACAUCAUCACAGUUUUACUUAGUUUUGGAUGUGGCGAAUCUCACAUCACAAGAAAUGGAGUUGCAAUACACGCCCACGAAGCGUAUGCUUGUCGAGGGGCAUGAAUCCUGCCGAAUUCCAAUUCCUGUUGAUCGGUGUCCGCUGUCAAAACUUACCAAACUUUACAUGGAGGAUAAUACUCUCGACGAACGCUUGGAUUUAGAUAAAAUCUGCUCGGAGCACAUCGCUAAUCUAGUUGAUCUUCAGUAUAAUCUUCCAGCGAUUGACAUCAAGGGCAAAGCCAGUCUAAAAGGGAUCACAUUGACCCCGAAUAUGUUAGAUAUCGUCCGGAUGUCGCCACUUCACUGGGAUGUUGCGGUUAAUGGUUCACCUGUAAAGCCGCAAGAGGCGCUCAACUGCGAGGCAGGCGACUCUCUUUCGCUCAGUAUACAAGUCUGCAACAGCCUAGAAAAACCUCUCAACAAACUGAUCAUGACCGUACAGUUCUACCAGGAUUAUCAAAAUGGCGCAUGCAACUACAUGUUGGAGACACGACUUUCAGUCACAGGACCAUCCAAAAUAUUCUUGCCGACACUAGCGCCGCAGAAUUCGACGCAGCACGCGUGCAAUGUGCUCUUCUUCACUCCAGGUCAGUAUAAAAUGGACAUACAGGUAACUGCGCCCGAUUCCGCCAACGUGGCGAGUCUAACGAACCAUAUAUGGCGGUUUAUUCCACCGGUGGAAAUAAAUGUCACCAGUUAAAGAGGCGAUCAGAAUAAAUGCACAUACCUUAUACCUAA